CUCAGUAACCCAAGUAGAAACGCGUAUUCACGAGAAAUGUGUGCAAGCAGAUCACAAAAUCAAUUAGGACGCUAAAAAACAAGAAGGAGGAGAGGGGUUGGCGUCAAAUUAUGGUUGACGUGAAGAAAACAGGAGACGUUAUUGAAAAGCGGAAGAAAGUCAAGGAGAUGCUCGGAAAAAGUGUGCGAUCAAGAUCCGUAAAGCCGAAGGAGCUCCGGAUGAGCUCAAGGAAACCAUUAGCGAGCUCCGACUACGAAGCCUUCGAUGACCCAAUUGAAGUGACCAAUGAAAUUGUUGAAGCGCCAAAGCUCAGCGCGGAAGAGCUUUUUCAAAAGAUUCAAGAGCAUCCAGAAGAGCUCCUUAAAGAUGACCCACCGGAGCUCCUAAAUAUGACUGGAAAAGAGACUGAAGCAGUUCUCAGGAUUAAGCUUAUCAGGGAGGCGGUAAAGCUAGGUUUAAGCCUCGGAGGGCAGAAUGUCAACGGGUUCGAUCAGAAAAGUUUGAGAUUUGCGUCUCCUCGAUUCUUUGCAAUUGCUCCAGAAGAGCACAAGAUGGAUAAUGAUACGGUCAACAUCCUCUCCCCAUCCCUCUUCUCUCUCCACGAUGAGGGUUCUGCAGAUGAGCAAAAAUCCUCCCUCCCGCGGCUGCUCGGAACACAAGACGGGCUAGACAAGGACUCAUUUAUGGAUUUACUGACGGAAAUCACAGGGGUCGCGGAUACGGUAGAUGAAGCUGCACAGAAAGCGUUUAAGGACUCAGAGGGUACACUUAUUAAUGGAAAAGGAGAGGAGAUUAAUGUUAGCAAAGAAAACUUCACGAAAAUUUACGGAGAGGAUAAUUACCGAAAAAUGAAAGUUUUGGAGCAAUUGCAUGGGAUGUAUACUGACGAGCAGAUGGCUCAUUUCAACAAAUCCGGCUAUGCAAUCAUGACGGAUAAGCAAAGAGAAAUGAUGUAUGGAAGUGGGUCACCAUUUGACAAUAAAAUGACGUUGGAAGCUGGUCGAAACCUGACAAUGCCAAAGGCUCGGAGAGCAUUGCAUACUGUGAUCAAAGAAAUUGGAAAAGGAAAUACUAAAGUUGGAAAAUACGAAAAACGGAUGAAGGAUAUUGUCGGAUCACCUCUACUUUUCACAAGUAUCGUUGCUUCUCCAGCUACUGCAUCACAAGCAUUAAUCCUAUCACCGGUGUUGUUCACCUCACUGAUCUUAUCACCUGCUAUCUAUGGAUCUGUUAUUUUGUCGCCAUGGCUAUUCGUCCCAGUUAUCUUAUCUCCCCGUCUGAUGUCUCCAAUCAUCGUCUCGCCUGCAAUUUUCUCCCCAAUCGUGCUGUCACCUCUAGCAUUGGACCCCUUGGUACUAGUCCCCGGAGUUGCAAAUCCAAUAGUACUUUCUCCAUUUGUACUGACCCCAUUUAUACUUUCACCACAGGUCAUGACCCCAAUAAUCCUUUCCCCAUUUGCCCUCUCCCCGUUUAUUCUGACGCCCAGCGCCCUGUCUCCACUGAUACUUAGUCCGUUUGCGUUGUCCCCGAGUAUAUUGUCCCCCAGUUUUGUCACAGCGGUUAUUAUGUCACCCUAUGCGUUGUCACCUUCAAUAUUGUCCCCGCCGACUAUGAUUUCGGUGUUCGCGUCGCCAAGUAUACUUUCCUAGUUUUCAGAUUUUUCAAUUUCUUAUGUUAGUUAAUCUCGUUUUAUUCUGACACCCAGUGCAAUAAAUUUAUUGAUU